AGCUCGCCGCGAACCCAAGAUGGCGGUGUGUGGACGUGUACGGAGGAUGUUUCGCUUGUCGGCGGCGUUGCAGCUGCUGCUGCUAGCGGCAGCCGGGGCCCAGAAUAACCACGGCCAGGGACAGGGUCUGGGGGCCAACAUCGCUUCUUUCCUAGGGCAAGCUGGAGGCGGCAGCCCGGCGGGGCAGCAGCCACCUCAGCUGUCUCAGUUAUCGCAGCAGCAGCAGCAGCCGCCUCAGCAGCAGCAGCAGCAGCAGCAGCAGCCUCCGUACCCGGCGGGCGGGCCCUCGGCCCGGCGGGGCGGAGCGGGGCCCGGCGGGACUGGCGGAGGCUGGAAGCUGGCGGAGGAAGAGUCCUGCCGAGAAGACGUGACCCGUGUGUGCCCCAAACACACCUGGAGCAACAACCUGGCGGUGCUGGAGUGCCUGCAGGACGUGAGGGAGCCUGAGAAUGAAAUUUCUUCAGACUGCAAUCAUUUGUUGUGGAAUUACAAGCUGAACCUCACUACUGAUCCCAAAUUUGAAUCUGUGGCCAGAGAGGUUUGCAAGUCAACUAUAUCAGAGAUUAAAGAAUGUGCUGAAGAACCAGUUGGUAAAGGUUACAUGGUUUCCUGUUUGGUGGAUCACCGAGGCAACAUAACUGAGUAUCAGUGUCACCAAUACAUUACCAAAAUGACAGCUAUCAUUUUCAGUGACUACCGUUUGAUUUGUGGCUUCAUGGAUGACUGCAAAAAUGAUAUCAACAUUUUGAAAUGUGGCAGUAUUCGUCUUGGUGAAAAGGAUGCACAUUCACAAGGUGAGGUGGUGUCAUGUCUGGAAAAGGGCCUGGUGAAAGAAGCAGAAGAAAAAGAGCCCAAGAUUCAAGUCUCUGAACUCUGCAAGAAAGCCAUUCUCCGGGUGGCUGAGCUGUCCUCGGAUGACUUUCAUUUAGACCGGCAUUUGUAUUUUGCUUGCCGCGAUGAUCGGGAGCGCUUUUGUGAAAAUACACAAGCUGGUGAAGGAAGAGUGUAUAAAUGUCUUUUUAACCAUAAAUUUGAGGAAUCCAUGAGUGAAAAGUGUAGAGAAGCACUAACUACACGCCAGAAGCUCAUUGCCCAGGAUUAUAAAGUCAGUUAUUCAUUGGCCAAAUCCUGUAAGAGUGACUUGAAGAAAUACCGAUGCAAUGUAGAAAACCUUCCUCGGUCCCGGGAAGCCAGGCUUUCCUACCUUCUGAUGUGUCUGGAGUCAGCUGUGCACAGAGGUCGACAAGUGAGCAGUGAGUGCCAAGGGGAGAUGUUAGAUUACCGACGCAUGCUGAUGGAAGAUUUCUCUCUGAGUCCUGAGAUCAUCCUGAGCUGCCGAGGGGAGAUUGAACACCACUGUUCUGGGUUACAUCGGAAAGGGCGAACCCUCCACUGUCUGAUGAAAGUAGUUCGGGGUGAAAAGGGGAACCUUGGAAUGAACUGCCAGCAGGCGCUUCAGACACUGAUUCAGGAGACUGACCCUGGUGCAGAUUACCGCAUUGAUCGGGCUUUGAAUGAAGCUUGUGAAUCUGUAAUCCAGACAGCCUGCAAACACAUACGCUCUGGAGACCCAAUGAUUCUUUCAUGUCUGAUGGAACACUUAUACACGGAGAAAAUGGUGGAAGACUGUGAACACCGUCUCUUAGAGCUGCAGUAUUUUAUCUCUCGGGAUUGGAAGUUGGACCCUGUUUUAUACCGAAAAUGCCAAGGAGAUGCUUCUCGCCUUUGCCAUACCCAUGGUUGGAAUGAGACCAGUGAACUCAUGCCUCCUGGAGCUGUGUUUUCUUGUUUAUAUAGGCACGCCUACCGUACAGAAGAGCAAGGAAGGAGGCUUUCACGAGAAUGCCGGGCUGAAGUACAAAGGAUCCUACACCAGCGUGCCAUGGACGUUAAACUGGAUCCUGCCCUCCAGGAUAAGUGCCUGAUAGAUCUUGGGAAAUGGUGUAGUGAGAAAACAGAGACUGGGCAGGAGCUUGAGUGCCUCCAGGACCAUCUUGAUGACUUAGCUGUGGAAUGCAGAGACAUAGUGGGCAACCUCACCGAGUUAGAGUCUGAGGAUAUCCAAAUAGAAGCUUUGCUGAUGAGAGCCUGUGAGCCUAUAAUUCAGAACUUUUGCCAUGAUGUGGCAGACAACCAGAUAGAUUCUGGGGACCUGAUGGAGUGUCUGAUACAGAACAAACACCAGAAGGACAUGAAUGAGAAGUGUGCCAUUGGAGUCACUCAUUUCCAGCUGGUACAGAUGAAGGAUUUCCGAUUCUCUUACAAGUUCAAAAUGGCCUGCAAGGAGGAUGUGUUAAAACUUUGUCCCAACAUAAAAAAGAAGGUUGAUGUAGUGAUCUGCCUGAGUACCACUGUGCCCCACUGCAGACAGUCUUAUACCUUCUCCUUCCAUGGCAGGGUUGAUGUAGUGAUCUGCCUGAGUACCACUGUGCGCAACGACACUCUGCAGGAAGCCAAGGAGCACCGGGUGUCACUGAAGUGCCGCAAGCAACUCCGUGUGGAGGAGCUGGAGAUGACAGAAGACAUCCGUUUGGAACCAGAUCUGUACGAAGCCUGCAAGAGUGAUAUCAAGAGCUAUUGUUCUACAGUGCAGUAUGGAAAUGCUCAGAUUAUUGAGUGUCUGAAAGAAAACAAGAAGCAGCUGAGUACUCGUUGCCACCAGAAAGUAUUUAAGCUUCAGGAAACAGAGAUGAUGGACCCAGAACUAGACUAUACACUCAUGCGAGUCUGCAAGCAGAUGAUUAAGCGGUUCUGUCCAGAAGCAGAUUCUAAAACCAUGUUACAGUGCUUGAAGCAGAAUAAAAACAGUGAAUUGAUGGAUCCCAAAUGCAAACAGAUGAUAACCAAGCGCCAGAUCACCCAGAACACAGAUUACCGCUUAAACCCCGUGCUAAGGAAAGCCUGUAAAGCUGACAUCCCUAAAUUCUGUCAUGGUAUCCUGACCAAGGCAAAGGAUGAUUCGGAGCUAGAAGGCCAAGUCAUCUCAUGCCUCAAGCUGAGAUAUGCUGACCAGCGCCUGUCUUCGGACUGUGAGGACCAGAUCCGCAUCAUCAUCCAGGAGUCCGCUCUAGAUUACCGCCUGGACCCUCAGCUUCAGCUGCACUGCUCAGAUGAGAUUGCCAGCCUAUGUGCUGAAGAAGCAGCAGCCCAAGAGCAGACGGGCCAAGUGGAAGAAUGCCUCAAGGUCAACCUGCUCAAGAUCAAGACAGACCUAUGUAAAAAGGAAGUGUUGAACAUGUUGAAGGAGAGCAAAGCAGACAUCUUUGUGGACCCAGUUCUUCACACAGCGUGUGCUCUGGACAUCAAACACCACUGUGCGGCCAUCACCCCUGGCCGAGGGCGUCAGAUGUCCUGCCUAAUGGAGGCCUUGGAAGAUAAGAGAGUGAGGUUGCAGCCCGAGUGCAAAAAGCGUCUCAAUGACCGAAUUGAAAUGUGGAGUUAUGCAGCCAAGGUGGCCCCAGCAGAUGGCUUCUCUGAUCUUGCCAUGCAAGUCAUGACAUCGCCCUCGAAGAACUACAUCCUCUCUGUGAUCAGUGGGAGCAUCUGCAUACUGUUCCUGAUUGGCCUGAUGUGUGGACGGAUCACUAAGCGUGUGACACGAGAGCUCAAGGACAGGUAGAGCCGCCUGACCACCAAAGGAACUCCUGCCCGGGCCCAGUUUGUACAGCCUUCCUGUAUAGUGCACCCUCUCACUUCGUCCCUCUGCGAGGUGGCACCAACACCCACAGUAGAGCAGCAUCAAGUGCCCACUGCAUCUUCCCAUCCAGACUUGGCCAUCCGCGGUGUCCUCCUCCUCCUCCUCCCAGCUGCCGUGGCGGCAUUGGCAGCUGGCUGCUUUGGUGGUCGCCUUUGUUGGUGAAGGGUUUACCUGCCUGUAGACAGUUCUGUCAUACCUACAGACCUGCCAGUACUUCCAGAAUCCACACCUGACCUGCAACUCAGAUUUUUUUAAAAACAAAACAAAAAAGACAAAAAAAUUGAAAGAAAGGAAACUGUAUAUAGUAGCCCACCUCCUUCAGUCUUGACUCAGCAGUAGGGUUCUUUCUUUCAUGGAAAUACAGCGGCUGACAGCAGGACUUGGAGGAGAUGUGCAUAUCCGGUGCCUGAUCAUUGAAAAGUCUGGUUCCUCUCCUAGAAGCAACUUUGGGCCACAUCAAGGCAGGGGACUUCACCAAGUAGUGGGGACACUAAGCAGCCUGCCCUGGGUCCUGUUCGCUUCUGCUGCAGUGUGAUGCCUUCCAUCUCCACCCCAGAUGUGCCCCUGCUGCCCGCAACUCCAUAGGAACAGGCGUACCCUGUGAUCUCCCCACUUCAGAGCAGAGGCAGGAGCCUCCCUGGGUCAGUGGCAGUGGACUAGGGGGGAGCAGAAGUCUGUGAAGCAGGACUGUCCACUGACCUGCACUAAGGCCGGGGUCUGAGCCUGGGGUUGCCCUGGAAGUUCUCUACCUCAACAGGAAGUAGUUACUAGGUUGGGGUGUGGACUUCUGAGGUGAGGGUGAGGCUGGCAGUGCAGGAACAGGGCUUGGACUCACUCCACUGUGUUUUGAGCUACAGCACAGGCCAGAACUGGUGGCUUCUGCAGAUUAAGCCUGGGCUCGGAUGUGGGACUGGCAGUGAAGCCCGACCUUCUGCAAACGCCAGGCAGACUUCCCAGACAAGCUCUUGUGCCUCUGUGUGAAGGGAUGUGGAAGUGAUUGCAUUAAAAGAUGGAGGGUUUUCUCCGGG